CAAAAUCACCCCUUUCUCAUUUCACUUUCUUUAUCUCACUGUUAAAAUCUAUUUUUAGCAAUUUCACACACACACAAACACACAACUUUUUACAGAGAUAGAUUAGAUGAUAUCAAUGAACAAUUGAGAAAAGAACAACAAAGAUAAGGAUUUUAUCAUAUCAAUACCAAGAAAAUUUUGUGCUGACCAAAUUAAAUAUGGCUACUGAGACCAAAUCUAAUGUAGUGAAAGUGAAACCUAGUAGUAAUAAUCAAGUUGGUUCAUCUUCAAAACCUAAAUUUGAUUCAUCUGUUAUCAAGAAAAGGGUUAUUCAGAUCUCAUCAAAGCAAUCUGGUGAUUCAAAGGGUAAAUCUGCCAUUACUAUCUCUAAAACUGAGGUGAAAGGAAAAACAACCUCAAGUUCAUCCAAGACCGUCACAAAAACGCAAACCAAAACUAGAGUGAAGAAAGUUUAUUCCUUGGCUGGCCAGAAGUUUGAUGUUCCUGAAGAGCGAGAACCAUUGAGGUUAUUCUAUGAAUCAUUGUCAAAACAGAUACCUUCAAGUGAAAUGGCUGAGUUCUGGUUGAUGGAGCAUGGUCUAUUGUCACCUGAGAGAUCAAAGAAGGCGUUCGAGAAAAAGCAGAGAAAACAAAAGCAAAUUCGCAUGGGGACUCCGAUUAAAUCUCCUCCUCCGCGGCCAUUCAUAAGCAAAGCUGAGAGUUCAAAAAAGCAACAGCAAGUGUCAAAGAAUGGCGAUAUAAAGGCGAAGAAACGAUUAAAAAGUGAUAGCGAUGAUGAUGAAGAUGAUUUCAUUCUGAGCCCAAAGAGAAGAAAAUGAUAGAAAAAUAUGCUCUGCAUUUGCAAGAAUGGUAGACUGAGGAUCCAUUGUUGAUUUUCUUUAUAAUUGGAAAUGAAAAAUCAAAUAAAGUUUAUAGUUGACCAACUUGUACAAUGGAACUAUAGCUGUUAUACAAACACAGUUUACUGUAUGAUGUAACACUAUUUGCUUAUUUUCAAUGAUUAGAAGAUAAAUACAAAAACCCAGAGUCUUUUCUAGUUUCUCAUAUUUUUAUUUAUUCCAACUUGCGACAACAUAAGAAAGUGUCCUUUUGGUCAAGUAUUGUCUUUACAGUAGAUCAGGAAACAAGUGUAAUUUUCUGAGAUGUAACGCGACAGAAUUGUAUGAUUAAUGCAUGCAUAUGGUCUUUCCAGCUUA